GGAUGGAGGACAGGGAGCUGGGGGAGAACCGCUGCGCAGAUGUGCGUGAGGAAGACAGCGCAGGUUUUAGUGAGAGCAGGAAUAGCUUCUGACGUGGAGUCACGAACUGCGGAGGCACCAAAACACGAAAGAUGUCAUUUAUCAAUGACAAGCUGUACAAUGGGUACUUGCGGCAGAACAUGGGGGCCAUUGUGAGCAAGGUGAAAGUGAGAGAAAUAAUAAUCCAUCUGCCCUGCUUGACUCCUCACGACCAGGAAACCAUAGAGGCAAAAAGAGAAAUGUGUGGGAACUACAACAGCAUGGUGCUUCUUCUGGAUUGCCUGAAGAGAAGAGAAAACUGGCCGCAGCAGUUCAUCGAUGCACUCGAGGCGUGUGAGCAGACAACUCUAGCAGCAGAGAUUAGAGCAGAAUACAACAUGCUGAGAGGCAGCAACAAUCCCCCCCCCAGCUCCCCUCCAACGUCUGUCGUCAGCGCACACGUCCAUCCAGCACCACCUGCCGGUCGUCUGCCCAUCCCAGAGAGUGGUGCAAGCAGUCAGGCUGCUGUCGCUCCACCGGCUGAGCUGGAUGCCCGGGCCUCAGCCCCUCUGGAAACCCCCGUGCAGCCACAAGUCCCUGAGGCUGUUUCUCCCCCCGAGCCGGUCCCUGAGCCUCCACAGUCAACUCAGGUUGAAGUGGCAGCCCGUCCACCAACACCUCCCGCGUCCCCUGAGAGUCCACACACUCCGGCGACUACAAGUUCAGCGCCUGAGAGGGAGAUCACCUCCCAACAGGAGCCGGAAGAAAACUCAGAAUCAGACAUCCAGGAUAUCUCUGGUGGUGAUGGGGUGAUCCCUGAUUGGGAAAGUGCAGAAAACAGCGAGGUAUCGAUCGACCACGUGGCCGAACCUCAACCAACCCCGUGUAAAACAGACACCUCAGAGAGGCCUCCGGUCCAGGACACCACCCCUCCAGCUGUUGUCCUGCAGCUUGAAGAGACCUCUGAACCUCCGUUCACACAGGUCGUUGAAAGCAGCCCACAGACAGAAACUACAGCUACAACCUCCCCACUGCCGGGUGCUUCUGGGAUAGACGCCUCUCUCCGUGAUGACAACGAAGUGUAUCUGAGCAAGCCCGGCCAACUCAUCAGCAUCAACCCACCAAAUAAUGGCAGCCCCACUGUCGUUGCACCCAGCGCCCCCGUGCAGCCUUACUCCGGUGACAGCGGCCGUCUGGAAGUGAGCGAUUCUGUACCGGACACCGUGACCUCCACCCAACCUCCUUCUUGCUCCGCUUUCAGCUCCACCACGGUGAGUACAGCGUCCGCACUGCCGUGCCAGGAGAACGGCAUUUCUCUGAACCACAAUGAACCGGAGGAAAACCACUACGAGUCCCCUUGUCGGGGUUUGGAGAUGCACCGGGUGUUGACGCAUGUGGUGCACGUGUCCGAGGAGCCGUCCAUCCUUGACCUCGACGGCCAGAGCCCAAAACAAGCUCGAUUCUAUAACGGUGAAGCAACCAAGGAGAGUGUAAACACCCCCUCCAGUGAGGACCGCCCCCCCUCUGAGCCUGCGCCCGCUGAUAUUUCACCAGAGUCGGUGACGCUGCAGGAUUCAGAGAAGAAGACGACCUCUCGCACCCCGCCAGCUAAUACAAAGUACAUUCUAUCAGCUGCAGGAGUGGGCGUCUGUGCACUGCUGUUGGCGUGGAGGCUUAGGAAAUAAGGGAAUGUAAUACCUUUUUAAAGGAAGAGAGAAUUAGGUUCUUAAGGUUAUGGUGCCUUAUUGUCGUAACUGGAAAGGCGAGAGGCAGCUGUUUAAUAAUUACCGAUAGUAAUAUGAGCUGAUUUGCCCGACCUUUGAUCAUGUCAUUAAUUAUGUUUUUAUUAUUUUGAAUAUAGCAUGAAGUUUGCUGUAGUCAGCAAAAACCAAACCUGCCCUUCUUAUUUUAGUUAUGGAACUUCAUGGAACUGGGGUUGAGAUCCCAGGUCAUUUAUGCACUUGCUGCAUAAAUAUGUGGUAUGUUAUGAUACACUUAAGCUGCGUAUUAGUGAUAGAAAUGUUUGUAUGUUCACUUGUCUGAUAAGCACUUUUAAGAUAAGACUGUUGUCUGUCAUCCGGUAAAGAUUAGUGUACAAAGGACCUGCAUUUUACUGGAUGUGGACUGUGGAAGAAAGAGUACCGGCAUCACACUCUGUAAAUGAUGGCUAGUGCACUGUCUGUAUUUAUUUGUAUUUGUAUAUAUUAUAUAGGUAUUUUAAGAUAAACGGAUGUCUCAAAAACGUACCAAAGCAUUCAAUUCCCAAAGAAUCAGUCAGCUAAACACUGCAUAAUUAAAUAGCAUACCAGUAAAACCAUAGAGGGUUAAUUGUGACAUUCUCCGUAGCUUCAUUAACUCCUUUAAAUAGAAGCACGUUUGAGAAUUUGUGUUCUGUGUGAUGACAUUUAAUUGUAAAUAGCAUUGUCAACAUAAUAAAUUUCAGAAAAGAACAAGAUAUUUGAGCUGCAAAUAUGCUUUGUAUAUGAAAUGUAUUGCCAUUAUGGAACAAUUAAAUAUCAAAUGUCCAAA